AUGUUAAAUAAUAGAAAUAAUAAUAUUAAUAGUAAUAAUGGUAACAGUAAUAAUGGGGAUAAUCUAAUCAAUAGUUUACCAGCUGGAUUUAAACUUUAUAUACAAUUACUUGCAGAAACAAAACCAAUACCAACUGCUUUUAUUAAAUAUUGUUUAUUAUUCCAAAAUGAAAUUGAAGCACAUUUAAAAAUAAAUAAAAAUGCAAGAUACCUUGUCAUUAAACCACCAAAAGAAAUACAUGUGACACAUGAAGAUAUAGAUUUGGUUAUUAAAUUCUUUGAUAGUUUACAUUCAUGUUGUAACGAACAAAUUCAACAACAACAAGAACAAGAACAACAACUACAACAACAACUACUACAGCAACAACAACAACAACAACAACAACAACAACAACAACAACAACAACAACAACAACAACAACAACAGCAGCAACAACAACAACAACAGCAACAACAACAACAGCCACAACAACAACAACAAGAACAGCAACAAGAACAGCAACAAGAACAACAAGAGCACGAACAACAACAACAACAACAACAACAACAACAACAACAACAACAACAACAACAACAACAACAACAACAACAACAACAACAACAACAACAACAACAACAACAACAACAACAACAACAGGAACAACAACAACAACAACAAAAUUCACCAACAUCACAAAAUAAUCAACAACAAAGAGUUAAUAAACAAAAUAUACCAGCAUUAGAGAUAAUAUAUUCAAGUUUAACAUUUGGAUGGUAUAAAAGUUUUAAAUUAUCAAAAAUGAAUAGAUGUAAAUUAAUGAUGGGAGCUGAACAAUAUCUAUCAUUGAAAGGUCGUGGUGUUGAAUUAUCUAGAUUGGUAGCAAUUGCAAACUAUUUCAAUGUUAUUGAUGGCUAUUUGUUGAAAGCAUUUAGAAAGAAUUUAGAAAGAAAAUUAGAAUCAUUAAAAAGUGUAUCAGAGGCAUUGAAUUAUUUUGGAGAACCAGGUGAAGAGUUUUCUUUAUCUGAAAAGAAUCAAAUUCAAAGGGAAAAUGCAUUCUCAGAAUUUAGUUCAUUCAAUAAAGUCAAUACAAAUUUCAUGUAUAAUUCAAUGGUUGAUAGAUUUGUAACACCACAUAAAUUAGAAGGUUUAGUGAAUAAUGGCAUUAAUAAUAGUAUAGGUGGUGGUGUUGGUGGUGUUGGUGGUGUUGGUGGUGUUGGCGGUGUUGGUGGUGUUGGUAAUAAUGAUGCCAAUGAAGAUAAAUUCCCACCUGAUAUCGUCCAAUUAUUAGAUCCAAGAAAAUUAAAUUUAUCCUUACCAUCAUCACAAAAUUGUUAUCGUUGUAAUGAUAAACUAUAUUAUAAUCAUAGACAUCAUUGUAGAGAAUGUGGUAUGAUGUUUUGUUCAACAUGUGCAUCAUAUUUUGUUGAGCAAGAUUAUUUAUCAACAGGUCAAAUCUAUUAUGGUGUAAAGGAUUAUCUAUAUAAAUGGUAUUCAAAUAAAACCUGUAGGGUUUGUAAAACAUGUUAUGAUAAAUUGGAUUGGUCACAACGUCAUUUCAAUGAUGUUUCCCUUUUGAAGUUAUUGGGCUUAAGAUUUGGUCCACUAAGAAGAUUCGCUUCGAUUUAUCCACAAUGGAGAAGAGCCACCAUCAUUUAUCUAUCACAAAUUAGAAUGAUUCAAUAUAAAUUUCCAACUCAUAGAUUACAACCAUUUGAAAAGUUGGUACUUUGGAGAAAUAGAGAAGACCUUAGAUGUCAUUCACUUUGGUUAAUGAAGUUAUUAUGUUCAAUUGAUUAUAAUAGAAUCACCACUAAACAAUUGAAAAGUUUACAACAUUGUCUUCAAGAGGAUAUUGGUGAUAAGAAGGAUUGUUAUUACUUAAUGUGUUCAAGUUCUUGUCAAUGUACAAUUUCACCAUUAAAUAUUAUACCAUUAUUAGAUAGAAAUAUAACUCAUCCAUUCAUUAGAACUUAUGCAACAAACAAAUUAAAAGGUUUAGGUGAUAAAUUAUUAUAUGUUUUACCACAAUUAACAUUUUUAUUAAGAUAUGAACCAAAUGUUAAAUCAGAUUUAGCAGAUUUUUUAUUUGAAUCGUCAAAGAAUGAUCAAACAAUUGCAUAUAAUUUUAUUUGGGAAUUAAAGAAUUGUCAAGGUGGUGAAUAUGAUUUAAGAUAUGAAGCAUUGAAAUUAGAAUUUACAAAUUAUAUGACAAGAGAAGCACCACAACAAAUGCAAAGUUAUCAACUUGGUUUCGAAUUAUCACAUAUUUUACAACAACAUCGUCCAAUAAGAGAAGGUAUAGAGUUUUUACCAAAUAGAGAGUAUCUAGAGACAAAGUUAACUAAUCUUUGUGAGACUCAAGGCUCACUCUUAAAGUUACCAACAAAUCCAGCAUACACUAUUAAAUAUUUUAAGGUUAAAGAAUCGAUUGUUUUCAAAUCUGCAACCAAACCACUCUAUUUAGUUUGUCAUUGUGUCAAUGAUAGAACAGGUAAAGAAAAAGAUUUUGGUUUAAUCUUCAAACAUGAUGAUCUUAGAAAAGAUCAAAUCAUUCUAAAUCUAAUUUAUUUAAUGAAUGAAUUGAUCAUUCAAUGUAAUGAACUUCGUAAAUUAAAAGAAAGUAGUGGAAAGAAAAAACAUAAGGAACCAUUCAUGCAACCAAUAGUUUAUCGUGUUUUACCAACUGGUGUAAACUAUGGAUUCAUUGAACCAGUAAAGAAAUCAAAAACCUUAAAGGAUGUACUCGUCGAAUAUAACAGAAUAACUUCAUUCUUGGGUAGUAGCCAAACACUCACCUAUGAUCAAGCAUCCAAAAACUUUUCAAGAUCAUUGGCAACUUGGAAUAUUAUCACUCAUUUGUUGGGUGUUGGUGAUAGACAUAAUCAAAAUGUAAUGUUUACAGAAGAGAUGAAAAUCUUUCACAUUGAUUAUGGUUUCAUCCUUGGUAUGGAUCCAAAAUUCUUUUCAUCAGUGAUUAGAAACGAUACAGCAUUUGAAGAUCAAUUCUUGGAUAAUGAAAAGAAGAAAGAAGAUUUCUAUAACCUUUGUAUUAGACUAUUCCUUCAAUUAAGAAAACAUCACUCUUUCUUCCUUUAUCAAAUUACUUUUCUAACUCGUUUAGAUCCAAAAGUAGCUGGUUUAAUCGAUGAAGCCUACAUUGAAGACAUCAUUGGCGGUAGGUUCUUACCAGGUGUACCAAAGAAAGAAGCAACCGAUUAUCUAAGAGGUAUGCUAAAGAAUCCAAUCACUUCAUUUGCAAUCUCCUUUUUUGACUCUGCUAGAGAUUAUAGAGAUCAAUUCUUAAAGAUUCAAGAGAAAACUUCUAAAUCAGUCACUGACCUUGGUUAUAAUAUUUUCGAAAAGAUUGUUAGUGCAACAAAAUCUGUCUCUCAACAAAAUUUUACAAUUGAUCCAUCAUUGGAUACCUCUCCAAAUGUAAUAAAUAGUGGUAGUAUUCAUAAUCAUUCCGUUAUUAAUGAUGAAGAAAGUUUAAGUUAUAGUUUAUCAAGUAGUGUAAACUCUAGUAAAUUUAGAGCUGAAUCAAUUUCAUUUACAACUCCUCAAUUAUCAAAUACUUAUCCAAUCAAUAACCAAGAAAUUAACAAUAAUAAUAAUAACAAUCAAAAUUAUUAUAAUAACGAUAAUGUGGAUCAAUCACCAUUGGUUGCAUCUUUAAAUAGAUUCACUUUUAAUGAUAAUAAUUCGAAUUAA